AUGAUAAUUUUGCCAUGUUUAUUCUAUGAAUUUUGAAUUACGCGCGUUCAUAUAAGGUAUGCCUGCAGAGUGCAGCAUGAACAUGUUGCAUGUCGUCUGCCAUUGUGGGAACUGCCUCAUUACUUAAUACUUGCCUGUCGGAGACGGAGCGGCUGCUCACUCCUUCAUAGAGAAAAAAGCAGUCAACUCACGACAGAGUUAAAUGGAGCGCGAGGCAACGUUAUAGUGUCAAAAUUUUCAAUUUUUUUUUCCAUUUUAUUACGUUGAAGUUUAAUUCUCUUUUACUCAAAAAUGUUUAAAUCCAAUCCUUAUGUGAGUGUGAGUGAUUUAGAUAAGUGUGUACAUUGGAUAAAUGAUGGAUCUUUCAGAAAGAUAUCCUUGGAAAUCCCAGAACACAUGUUAGAAUAUUCUGCGGAUAUAGCUUUGUACUUACAAAAAUGCACUGAAAAUACAGAUGUUUGGAUUAUCGGUGAUAGAAUCUAUGAUUCCGCUUGCAGUGAUAAAUUGAGUCAUGAUCAUAUAGAUGGUGAUGCAGCUGUACAUUUUGGCCAAGCAUGUUUAAGCUGUGAUAGUUUAAUUCCUACGUAUUUUGUUUUUCCAAAAGAGAGCAUUGAUGUACAAAGCUAUUGUAAGUUAUUUUGUGAAUAUUUUCAAAAUGUACAAGAAAAAAUUCUGUUUUUUUACGACACAUCUUAUGCUUGCUCGAUUGAUGAUAUCUAUGAAUGCCUUAAAGUCAGAUACAAUAAUUUGAUAUUCACACAAUUAAUAUGUACAUCAAAUGCAUCAUUUUCAUGUCCUCAAUCAGCUGGUGUAAAGCAUACAUUUUUUGGAAGGCACGUAAAUUUACCACCAGACAAUACAAUAAGUGCUUAUUCUGCAGUAUUUUUAGGACCAGUUGAAAAAACUUUUAAUGCAAUGGCGUUAAGCAUACCUGCAAAAAAGUGGUACUAUGUUGAAAAUUCAGUAUUCACUGAAUUUAACUCAUAUUCUUCAAAAUUUUUAAAGAGAAGAAGUUAUUUAUUAGAAAAAAUAAGGGAUGCACAGAAAUUUGGUCUUUUAAUUGCAUCAUUAAAUAUGACAGGUUUCAUGACCAUGGUUGACCACCUAAAGACUGUAUUAGAAAAAAUGGAUAAAAGAGUAUAUGUUUUUACAGUAGGACAAAUGACACCAUCAAAGUUAGCUAAUUUUGAUGAGAUUGAUCUUUUUGUGGCUAUAGCGUGUCCUGAAAACAGUUUGAUCGAUUCCAAAGAAUACUACAAACCAAUAGUUUUGCCUUAUGAAGUUGAAUUAGCUUUUAAUGAGAAUAGAACUCAAGAUUCUCUUCAUAUAGUUGAUUUUAAGUUUAUCUUACCAGGGGCGUCAGCUUUUAUAGAUUUUGAAGCAUCAGAGUAUUCUGAGCCAUCUUUAGUUUCUGGUAAUAUGAGAAGUGCAAGCGCACAUAAUAAACGAGAAACAAGUACCGAAGAAAAGAUGAAAGAAUUAGCGCUAGUAGAAAAAUCUACGGGGACUUUAUCAUUGAACAUCAUUGAACCAAGUUAUCUAAAAUCCAGACAUUUUAUUGGUUUAGAGCAGAAACUUGGCCAAACUGAGCCCAGUCUAGCUGUAGAAGGUCGAGAUGGUAUUCCUAUCAAUUACGCAAAUGAAAAAAAUUGAUUUAAUGAGUGUGAUAAAAUUUUAUACAAAAUAAUAUAUUUGUACAGAUAGUAUAUUCAAAAUACGCACAAUUGUAAAAAUAAAACUAC